CCAGUCUUCAACAUCCAGAGCAGGGAACAGCUCCUCCCUCACAGGAUGGAACGCAUUGGAUGUUUCCUCUGCAGCCAAGAAGAUGGUCUGCAAGGCAGCGGCCAAACUGACCCCCCUGGUGAUUUCUUCCAGGAUGGGAGAUGUGACGGCAGACGAGAGCGUCUCUUUGAUGAACGAGACGUCUCUGGAAAGUUUGCCCCCGUCUCUCAUCAGGCUUCUGUUGAUCCGGUCUGUCGACACGGUGACAGCAGCCUGCAGAGCCAUAAGCAGUGAGUUCUGCUAUCGGGAGAGCGUGAAGAACGAAGGCCUGACAAAACUCCAGGAGCUGGCCAACGAACAGAUGUUGGCCUGUCUGAACAAGGGCAUAGAGGAAGUGGAGAUUGAUGAGCUCAUCGAAGGCAUCUCAGCCAUCUCGGAUCAUUCGCUGAUCCUAAGGCGCCCGGAGUUGUCUUUCUCCCACAUCUACCGCUCCUUGUUCGUUGACACCCUUCUGCCAGGGAGUGGACACAGAACCACCGAGGUCCUGGAGACCUUGAUUUUUUUAUGUCCUCAGGGCCCACCCACAGCUGAAGAGAGCCUGGCCCAUGAUGACACACGAGUGGGAACCAUCAUUAAAGAGUACCUGAUCAAAGGAAGAGAUGUGUUCCAGCAGGUCUUGAGUAGAGCAACUCAGAAGCUCUCUUGCCAGCCGGCGACCCCUCGUGAUUCACCUCAUGCGGCCAAUCCGGAGAGCUCAGAGCGUCCAUCUCUGCUGAUCUCCUCUGACAACUGUGAGAACCUCAUUGGUGUGAUCCUGGAUGAUCUCCAUGAGGUGGUUGAGCAGCACAAGGCCUCAGCUAAGAUGAGAUCUGGUGGCAGGAAGUUCUGGGAGCAGGUCCACUCCUCCAGCCAGCUGCUUUAUGACAGCACGCUGAGGACCCUGCAGAAAGCUGCAGACAAGCUGUCGGCUCUCGAAGAGCGGACAUUUGAGAUCAUCCCCCCGAUGCCCUCCAGACAGGAGCUCAUCCACAGCUUUGCUGAGAGCUCAGUUAAGGGUCAGAUGCAAAAGAGCCUGGAAGUGAACCUUCCCUCGACCUCCAGCCUGUCCUGCCAGGAGACCCAGGACCGCACAGUCAGGAUCCUGACGGAGAGAGUGAUGGACGACACUCUGUGUGAGUCUGCUGCUGCAGCUCCGUGUCCUGGGGCAGAUCUCGGUGAGCUCAGCCCUGCAGCGGUCAUCAUCGAUGCUGGGACAGCGUCGACCUCUGCAGGCGAGACCAGAAAGCCUAAGAAGGGCUUGAAGUGGUUGAGCAAGAAAGCCAAGCUCUUCAAGAACAAGGUUCUGAAGAGAAAGACGGAGCCCAAGAAGCCCUCAGCCCAGGAGGAGCUUCCCCCCAGCUCUCAUGUCACACCUGGGGCUAAAUGUGGUUCGCCUCCCAAUCUGGAGCAGUCGAAGGACCACGAGACCAACCAGGAGCCCCUUAGACAUCCUUUACACGUACGGAUGUUCCGUGCGCUUCAGUCCAUCAUCAAGAUGUUCAAGGUGUCUUGAAGCCAGUAGGACGGCCUACUGAUACGUUUAAGUACCCAGCAACGUAAAGGGCUGGCUGGCUCUGUCCCUCUAUCACAUACACACACCUCUCUCUCUCUCUCUCUCUCUCUCUCUCUCUCUCUCUCUCUCUCUCUCAUAUAUCCAUCCAUCCCGGCACCCACAGCACUUUACAUUAUGCCUCUCAUUCACUCAUUCAUACACACCCACAGCGAGGGAGCUGCCAUGCAAGGCUAGCCUGUUCAUGGGGAGCAGCUUGGGGUCCAGUGUCUGGCUCCAGGACACUUGGACACAGGGCCUGGAUGCUCUCCAGGAGGCUGAUGUUGGAUGUUUGUUCUGGUUUCCUGCCUCUCUGUUCUUCUACCCUGCAGGUCUCCUGGUCCACUUUCUCCCGGACAACAGAAGGACCGUUGCCAAGGAGCCAGAAAUGUACUUUCAGCAGUGCGGACGAGGACUAGGUCUUUCUCACCUGGCUGGAACUCGCUGGGCUGAGUGGAUAUCAGGAGAAGACCAUCACAGAGACUCACUACCAUCUGGGACACUCUACUGUAUCUGAUCCUUGUCAAUAAACUAGUUAUAUUACAGUUGGA